UGGGUAAUUUAAUAACACCCAUCUAAAAAUAGACAGGAGAGUAUUGAAUUUUGAACAGCCAGUAAAAAGAAGGCAGUAACAAAUAGUAAAGUGGCAGUCAAUUAAGUACCUGGGUUUCUGCUUCUGCUUCAUUCUCCAUUAGUAUCUCACUCCCCGGUGGCUUCAUUUUACUGAGUUUACUUCUUUUCUCCAAUAUUCAGGUUGAGGUUGCUUACAUUUGAUUCACUAAACCCCACCUAGGCGGGCGAGCCACUUGGUAUUGGCUAGUGGCAUGUUGUCGUUGGUGUUGUUGUGGUUCAAGAAAGCAGCCAUAUCUUCCUGAAUCAGGGUGUUAACACAGAAUAUAUCCCCAUCUUUCUCAGGUAUGUUUGGACAGGUAGCUUUAGCAUUUGCUUCAGUUAUACUGGGUUGUGUCUACAAGGCAAUAAAGCCUCCCCCUCCGAAAAUAUGUGGAUCGCCUGGCGGUCCUCCUGUGACUUCACCGAGGAUCAAACUUGUGGAUGGAAGGCAUUUGUCAUAUAGGGAGGCUGGAGUUAACAAACAUGAAGCUAAGCACAAGAUCAUUGUCAUUCAUGGCUUUGCUAGUUCCAAGGAUCAGUUUUUACCAGUUUCUCAAGAAGUUAUAGAGGAGCUAAAGAUAUACAUCCUGUUUUUUGAUAGAGCUGGAUACGGGGAGAGUGACCCCAAUCCAAAACGCUCUGUGAAAAGUGAAGCAUAUGAUAUUCAAGAACUCGCUGAUGCAUUACAUCUUGGAUCUAAGUUCUAUGUCAUCGGAAUCUCUCUGGGAGGUUACGCUGCUUAUAGUUGUAUAAAUUACAUCCCACACAGAUUGGCUGGGAUCUCCUUGGUUGUUCCAUUUGUCUCCUACUGGUGGCCACAUCUUCCUCGUUCUGUAUCGAGAGAGGCAUUUAAGAAGCUUCAUCUGCAAGACCAAUGGACCUUUCGAGUGGCUCGUUAUGCUCCUUGGUUGUUCUACUGGUGGAUGACUCAGAAAUGGUUCCCUUCCUUAAGUCUCCUGUCUGGUGAUCCAUCUAUUUUCAGUUCACUAGAUGUGGAAAUCCUAAAGAAUAUCCCAAAUCCUCCAAAGGGUGUGCAAGAUAAAAUCCGGCAGCAAGGUGAUUACGAAUGUCUUCAUCGAGAUAUUAUGGUCGGUUUUGGGAGAUGGGAAUUUAGUCCGUUGGACAUGAAAAAUCCAUUCUCGAACAAUGAAGGUUCAGUUCACCUAUGGCAAGGCUACGAAGACAAAAUAAUUCCCUUUGAAAUCAAUCGAUUUAUUGCUGAAAAGGUUAAGUGGAUUAAGUAUCAUGAGGUCCCUGAUGGUGGGCAUUGUUUCAUCAGUAAACAGAUCAUGUGUGAAACCAUAUUAAGAGAACUUUUACUUGGAUAGUAUCCUGUAUGUGCUCUCAUUAAUCUAGAUCUUUCCAAUAAGACUUGGGUAUAUUUGUGAUUAUUUAGUACUUAGUACCCAUCUUUAUAUAGUUGUGACCUUGAUCUAAGUAUUGCUAAUCAAUGGAAUAAUGUAUGAACUUGAAAUCAUUGUGAUAUGCUAAUUAAAAACCAAUUUUUAGAAUUCGCGUUUAUUUCUAUCGUUCCUCU